AUGCCGAAAGAAGUCAAGCAAAAGUCAGGCCUCAUCGUUGGCAUUAACGCCGGCCACAAGGUCACCCCAAGGACUCCUGCUCCCAGGAUCUCUAGGAGGAAGGGUUUCCUGUCCAAGCGCACUGCUUUCGUCCGUGAGAUCACCAAGGAGGUUGCUGGUCUUGCCCCCUACGAGAAGCGCAUCAUUGAAUUGCUCCGAAACUCCAAGGACAAGCGUGCCCGUCGUCUGGCUAAGAAGAGGCUCGGUACCUUCGGCCGCUCAAAGAGAAAGGUCGACGAGAUGACCAAGGUCAUUGCCGAGUCGAGGCGCGCGGGUCACUAAACGGUUUCAUGAUGUGCGGUGGAUGUAGCAAACACGG